AUGUUUCGGUUCGUUGUUGGCUGUGGACAUCGGACUUUCCGCUACCUACUGAGAACGGCUGAGAUUCUGAAGCGUUUCUUCUUGUUGGAGAGUUCGACGAUGGCUACCGCUGUUCUUCUGGCUUUACUCAUUCUGUGCUGUCUGACAGUAGAAGCGCUGACGGUAUGGCAUUAUUCAACCGGUACCGGUUUUGCCAACUCUCUUCAUAACGCUCUUUUGGCCGGCACAACUGUGGGCUAUAACUGGGUGAAUCUGGCAGGCGAUUCGAAGUAUCUUCUGACCCUUUACCCAAUGGUCACGGUUCCGUUGUUUACUUGCGCAAAUGAUUUUUACGAAAGAGAAAAGAAGAAUUUCUUGCGGCUUGUCAGCAGGAAACUGAGUACCACAUGUCUGAACGCUGAAGACCCAAGAGAGGGUCUACUGUUUGACGAGGUCGUUCAGCAAGUCGAACGUUCCUGCCGAAAGGAAGUUACCUGCGGCUGGCUGAUUAGGUUGUCUGUCGAAGACAAGGCGUCUUUAUUUCCACUUUGGUUGGAUAUGAUGAAACGUUGCCAGCAGUUGGCCUCGCUGGAUUGGUCAGAUGUGCCGCAAGUGACCAGUUAUGUUUCGAAUGUCUGA